CCGACCAUACAAGUGCAAUUCUCAGUAAGUGAGGCAUGAUGUUACAUCACAGGAGAGGUGCACAGACAUGACGGUACAUCUCACAGGAGUCAGGGGUGGACUGACAACUCAUGGGCCCCCCUGGGCAAUAGGGGAUCAUGGGGCCCCUGUGUCCUUGCCCAAACUCAAAAAAGCCUAUGAAAAAGGUACCAGGGGCAUCUCAUGGGGGCCCCCUACUGACCCUGGGCCCUCGGGCAGUGCCCGAGUUUCCAAAUGGUCAGUCCACCCCUGG